UAGAAACUUUAUCUGUCAAAUGAGUGUAAAAAUGCGUUAUUAUGGCACAAUUUCCAAGUCUUUUAUUUUUAUUGUAUGUAAUGAUUCUUUGUUAUUUAAUCCAGUCUACAGAAGAUUUGUUUGGCACAUAAGACAUUGCAGUGCUGGUCGUGGUAUUUGGUUCUCUAAAAAUACGAAUCAGAUUGUCAAAGAUGCAAGAUCAGACUUCCCAACAGCAUACAAUCCGAAGUAUGUUGAAAGUAAUUGGUACAGCUGGUGGGAGAAGCAUGGUUAUUUUGUACCAAAUUCAGCAGAUACUGGAAAAUCAUUUAGUAUGGUCCUUCCCCCACCAAAUGUAACGGGCACUUUACAUCUGGGUCAUGCUUUAACAUGCACAAUACAGGAUGUGCUGGCACGAUGGCACAGAAUGUUGGGCUGUUCAGUUGUCUGGAUUCCUGGUAUGGACCAUGCUGGUAUAGCCACACAGGUGGUAGUUGAGAAAAAACUGUGGCAGGAGAAGAAGUUGACGAGACACGAUAUUGGCCGUGCCAAGCUUGUGGAAGAGAUCUGGAGGUGGAAGGAAGACAAGGGGAGCAUUAUCACCGAGCAGUUCAGGAGGCUCGGGCUGUCAUUGGACUGGUCGAGGGAAAUGUUUACAAUGGACCCAGUGCAGUCAGCAGCUGUUACAGAAGCUUUCAUCCGUCUCUUUGAUGCUGAUCUCAUCUAUCGAGCCAACUCCCUUGUGAACUGGUCCUGUGUUUUGCAGUCAGCAAUCUCUGAUAUAGAAGUCAACUUUAAGCAAGUAAUUGGAGCUACAGCAAUUGAAGUCCCUGGCCAUUUAGAACCCGUGGAGUUUGGUGUUCUUACUGACUUUGCAUACAAACUAUGUGACAGAGAUGGAGAAAUUGUAGUUUCCACAACACGGGUGGAGACAAUGCUGGGGGACACAGCGGUCGCUGUGCAUCCUCUUGACGAAAGGUACAAGAAUGUGAUUGGAGAACAUGUUUGGCAUCCUUUCCGAGAGGAGAGAAUUCCUAUUAUCUGUGACGAUUUUGUUGAUCCAAAUCUGGGAACAGGAGCUGUUAAGAUAACUCCAGCACAUGAUUAUGUUGAUUUUGAGGUUGGGAAGAGGCACAACUUGGAAAUGAUUUCUGUCAUCAAUGAAAAAGGAGAGCUGAAUGAAAAGUGUGGUGUAUUCACUAACAUGAAGAGGUUUGAUGCAAGGAAAUGCAUAAUGGAGCAGUUGGAUGCACGGGGUCUACUGAGAGGGAAGCGUGACCACACAAUGCAGGUUCCAUUUUGCAGCAGAUCAGGUGAUGUGGUGGAGCUGUUGCUGAAGCCUCAGUGGUUUAUUAAUUCUAAAGAAAUGGCUCAUCAGGCUCUUGAAGCAGUGCAAGAAGGAGAUCUAAGGAUUGAUCCAGCCGUCUUUGAGAAGACUUGGUACACUUGGCUGAGUGAUGUGAGGGACUGGUGUGUGUCUCGUCAGCUGUGGUGGGGCCAUCAGAUACCGGUGUAUGAGUGUUCAAGCAUCGUGAACUUGCAGUCCACACUGUGGGUGGCAGCUCGUAACAUUAAUGAAGCAGUCAAGAAGGCUGCCACCAAGCUCAAUGUCCUGGAGUCUGACAUCUUGAGGGUGCGCCAAGAUGAUGAUGUUCUCGACACGUGGUUCUCCUCAGCCCUCUUCCCAUUUUCUGCACUGGGCUGGCCAGAAAAGACUGAGAAGUAUUACCCUCUGACACUGAUGGAGACUGGCCAUGACAUAGUUUUCUUCUGGGUGGCUCGUAUGGUCAUGCUUGGAACUCAACUCACAGGACAGCUGCCUUUCAAGAAUAUCUUGCUCCAUGGAAUCAUUUGUGAUGCUCAAGGAAGGAAAAUGUCCAAAAGCCUUGGAAAUGUUGUGUUCCCUGAAGACAUUAUUGCAGGCAUCUCAUUGGAGGACCUGAACCGCCAAGCACGCAAGAAUUUUGAUGCUGGGCUUCUCUCCAGAUCUGAACUGGAGAAGACUUUGGAAGGUCAGAAGAAAAUGUUCCCAAAAGGAAUUGAAGAAUGUGGUGCAGAUGCUCUUAGAUUCACUCUGUGCUCAGCAAAUAUCAGAAGCUAUUUCAUCAAUUUUGACAUACAACAGUGCGUAGCAAACAGACUGUUCUGCAACAAGAUAUGGCAAGCCAGCAAAUACACUAGAAUGUGUCUUGAAAGAGUUCACACUGCUUUGGACUCUGAUCUGGACAGUUCCCGAGAUUACCUCAGUAAACUGGACAAGUGGAUUCUCAGUCGCUUGGCCAAUAUGGUAUCACAGGUCAACGAGGCACUUAGUGGUUCUGAUCUUCACAUUGCUACGUCAGCCCUGAAGACAUUCGUUUAUAGUGAAUUCUGUGAUUUCUACUUGGAGACGACAAAGCCGGUCUUGAAAUCGUCAGACACACAGGCUUCUGUUAUGGCGUGCAGGACGUUGUUGUGUUGUUUAGACACAGCUCUUCAUGCCUUGAGUCCUUUUAUGCCUUUCAUAACAGAGGAGCUCUAUCAUUAUUUGCCCCGCCUCAGCGGCCAUCACCGUAGUGAAAGUAUCAUGGUAGCACCGUAUCCGACACCUCAGCAGUGGGACCAAUGGAGGGAUAUGCAUGUAGAAAAGGAAGUUCAGCUUGUAAUAGACAUUAUCGCUGCGAUUCGACGAUUGAAGACGAAACACGGCAUCAAAGAUAAACCAGAAGUUCACAUUGUGAUGCCUUCAGCAGCAGACAGGCAGGUGUACAGUGAGCAUCUGACUGUAGUGAAGGUUCUAGCAGGGUGCAGGAACGUUGUCGUAGCAGAUCGGCAGUCUCCAGCACUCAAGAACAACUAUGUGGCCGAGGCUGUGGGGCCAAGUGGCUGUGUGCAUCUUAUUUCAAAGCAAGUGAUGGAUGCUUCUGAACAGGAUGCGCAGGCCUGCAGGCAGGAAGAGAAUUUACUAAAGGAGCUGGAGAAGAUGACUAAGAUCAGAAGUGCUAGUGGCUACAAGAUCAAGGCCCCGCGUCACGUGCAGGACGCUCACUUGCUCAAGGUUCAAAGUUUGGAAAAUGAACUGAGGCGAAUCAGAGAAUUGAGAGAAUCGCUGAGAAGACAAGUAAAUACUGAUUCCUGAUUAUCUUAUGUAGUGGUUUGUUCGAGAUCUGCGAUCAGCAGCUCAUUCAAUUUCCUCGUCGCUCUUUAAGGGCUGAAAUCCGCGUCUCGGGCCCAUCAGAGCGUAAUGGACCUAUCAAACCAGACGAAGUGGCGCUUACAUUGAGUUCUAUAACGAAAUCUGUCUAUUGAAGGAAGCUUAGAAUUUGAAGAGCAUGGAAUUCUGGCCGGUAGCACAUCGAAUGGAAGUCUUUCGUAUCGUAAAAUUUCCUCAGACCUU